UAUUCAUACCUGUCCACUACCUGUCUGCAGGUGAGGCGGGCGGGCGGGGCAGUUCUUCCAGUCAGGUGACGCGGCCCUGGCCGGGAGCAGAGGAGUCGACAUGAGGAGGGAGUCCGGCCUGUCCUUCGACCCCAAGAAGGACGAAAUAAAUGGCAUUCCUGAGGAGAUGGAGUUUCUUCCGGCAAGUGACCAGAAGAAGCUGGAGAAACGCAGCCCGAAGGAGACAGCUUUACUGGUGGGGUUCAUACUUGGAGCGGCAUUACUGUCCCUGAUGAUUGGGCUGCUGGUUUGGCAUUUUCAUUUUCGACCGGAUAAUACCAUCAAGAAGAUGUACAAUGGUUACCUCACCAUCACCAACAAGCAGUUCACCGAGGAUCUGGAGGAUUUCGAUUCGGAGGCGUUUAAGCAGCUGGCAGCUACGGUGGAGGAAAUGCUUCUGGAAACUUACAUGGGGAUGGACUCGGUGGCACCGCAUUAUGUCCGAUCCACUGUUACUGCAUUCAGUGAAGGCUCGGUGAUCGCAUAUUACUGGCUUGAGUGCCGGGUGCCGCCGGAGGGAGCAGCAGAGCUUGAUGAAGCCAUCCGAACCGCGUCCCCCUUCUCCGGCAAGUCCAGAUCUGGCGGCACAAAGUCCCUGAGGAUCUCUAACCUGGUCGUUGAUAGUGCUGAUCCACGGAGGGUGAAACCACCAAAGGACCACACCUGCGCCCACGAUCUGCACGCCGUGGGUGGGGAGAUGAGCACCUUCUCCUCUCCAGGGUUCCCCAACGCCCCGUACCCCGCCAACGUCUGGUGCCAGUGGGUGCUGCGUGCGGACCCCCACCACAUCAUCGAACUCAACUUCGUCACCUUUGACCUGGAGAGUGUUUGCCACAAUGACUUUGUGGUCGUCUACGACUCUCUCAGUCCCAUCGAGAAGCGGGAGAUCACACAGCGCUGUGGAUUGUACCCCCCGACUAACGCCUUCAAGCUGAUGUCCUCACGCAAUGUGAUGCUGGUCACACUGAUGACCGACGACGAUGAGAACUACCCCGGAUUCAAGGCUGAGUUCCGGCAGGUUCCCAAACAAAGACAGUGCAGCAAGAUUCUGCAAGGAUCUGGGAGCUUCUCCUCCCCAUAUUAUCCAGCGUACUACCCACCCCGUGCGGACUGCACCUGGGUGCUGAAGGUGGACCCGCCCAACCACAUAAAGGUGAUGUUCAAAGUGUUCCUUUUGCAAAAUCCAGACGAGAACAAUGUCUGCAAAGACUAUGUGGAGAUAAAUAACCGGAGGUGAGUCAUUCUGCAUUC